AUGGCUGAUCCGGAGCAGCACAUGGGGAAGUCAAUAAUCAAGGAUGUUCUCAUGAGCCAGUUCAGCAGGUUCGAAGGCAGCGUCAAGAGGGAGGCGCCUCAAAGCAAUUUUUCUCAGGAUGGGUUUGAGUACUUAGCUGAGAGUGGCUUCACACAGAUGUGGAAUUCGUUCAAUUAA